UUGGUCUCGGAUAGUUUUGUUUCUGACAUGUCAGCUAACGGCUAAAACCGGAUUUAACGGCAGCUGGCGAACAAAACAGUGUGAGGAGUGUAUCUUUUGUGAUUGGAAGUCCGCACUCAUGUCGGGCAGGAGCACCGGGGUGGAGUGGGUUGAGACAACCGAGGAGGUUGUUAUUGCAGAGGAGUGCCUCCCCCCUGAGGACAACAAUGCUGCAGUGAUACCUGUUCUAGAGGCAGCAGAAACUCCAAUCCAGAAGUUACUGGACACAGUGGGACAUGGAGACAACCCAGAGGCUGACGGGGGCUUUUAUUGCGAGGAGUGUCUGACUCUCUUCCAGGACCAGAGUGACCCCGCUAACAUUAACGGCCCAUCUUUUAUUCUUGACUUUCCAACGAGCAUGGGUCUCCCCCAGAGGGCGCUCCUCACUCUGCCCUAUGGCCUGAUGAUCGGCAGGUCCAGUAUUCCCAGUGCAGGAGUCGGGGUCAUAAAUCACGGACCGAUAGUGUCUCCGGGGAUGCAUUUUGGACCAUAUGAGGGGGAAAUGACGACAAGGGAGAAUGCCAUGGCAAGUGACUUCUCCUGGGAGAUUUACAAAGAAAAAGAUGAGUAUGAGUACAUUGAUGCUGCUAGAGAGUCACACUCAAACUGGAUGAGGUACAUAAAUUGUGCUCGUCACAAAGAAGAGGCAAACCUGCUGGUGGUCCAGUACAAAGGCAGCAUCCUCUUUCAUUGCUGUCGCACCAUAAACCCUGGAGACGAGCUCAUGGUUUGGCCCAGCAGCAAACUUCUCGCCCAGUUCAGUGAAGCCUGGACUCAAGUGUGGGUGAUGAAGCUGAAUGCAGCAGAAAGUAAUGCAACUGCAGCCUCUCAGAUCUUCCCGUGCUCCCACUGUCAGCUGUCCUUCACCACAGAGUCCUUCCUGCAGAGACACACAGAAUGUUUCCACGCCCAGCCAGAAGAGGGUGCUACAACACCAGCUGCAGAGACGGCUGAACCUGAAAAUCCUGCUUCAAAUGCCGACUCAGGUCACUCUGCUGCACCCCUGGUGGUUUUAGCUGUUGAUCCUGUAGAGUCUAAAACGUGUGGUGAUUGCGGUAAGACUUUCAAACAAAUACCUCACCUCAGGAGGCAUAAGCUUUGCGUCCACUCAAACAGACGUCCGUACUGCUGCCCACACUGCAGGAGAAGCUUCAGCCAGGCGUCUGGCUUAAUCCGACACCAGCUAGUUCACAGAAAACAAGCUGGGAUAAAAGAAACAAACAGUCCUAAUCAGGACAAAAUUAUUAGUGAAAAGGAAGAGAGUGAGACACCGGGAUCUGAAGUUUUAAACACUGCUGAUUCAGCUGUAACCGAGGAAACAACAGAUGUGAAUGAAAGCGAGAAUGUGCAAGAAGCUAUGGACAUAACUGAAACUGAGAACGCUGCUGCAGGAGAGGCAGAAACAUCCCAGUUCAGCUGUUCGCACUGCGGUAAGGGCUACACAAACGAAGCCACCCUAAAAAAGCAUAAGUUGUAUGUUCAUGAGAGGUUGCGUCCGUAUGUCUGCACCGUGUGUCAGAAGUGCUUUGGCCAGUACAACGACCUGACCAGGCACCUGCGGAGUCACCAAAAACAAGGCAAGAUGGGAGACAAACUAAAUGAGGCUUCAGAGGAAUCUACAAACAUGCCAUUUAGCUGUACUGAGUGUUCGCUGACUUUUUCAGCAGUGGACGCCCUUCAGCAGCACAUCACCGAAAGUCACUCAGAGACAACAGUGGAAAAUCAUGAAGAAGAUCCACUGCCUGCUGACGAUGAUGAUCAGAGUGAGGAUCCAGACUUCAGUCCACAACCAUCAGUGGCUAAAACUGUCCAAAAAUGUCAGAGGCCUCAGCGGCUCGGAGCUGGAUCCAAAAUUUCUGCCAUAACGAAGCUCAUAGCUCCAAAACGAAGAGCAGCCAUCUGUAAGAAGCCGUUGCGAAGCUCCACUGAGCCAGAAGCACCUGCUGCCAGAAAGUUAACAAAAUACAAAUGGUUCAGCUGUAGUCGCUGUAAACGGACAUAUGGAAACCCAGACGAUCUCAAAGCACAUAAGUGUGCCUUCAAGCAGCUCAAGUGUGGUCAGUGUGGGGCAACCUUUAGUAAGUCUGGCUUCCUGAAGAGACACGAGCAGAUGGUGCACACAAAUGCAAAAUCUUGCAGCUGUGAGCGCUGCGGAAAAGUCUUCACUACGUCGGGGAACUUAAAAAAGCAUCAGAAGAGCAACACAUGCAUGAAAUAUCACUGCACGUCGGAGCCUUUCCCGUGCUCGUUUUGUCAGUUCUCUUUCACUAUAAAGAGCUACCUUAUAAAACACAUCAAGAGGCAUCACCCGGUGGAGUACCUGUCACACUGCGAUUCAGAAAGCCUUGUGGAUCAGCUGGAGGAAGAGGAGGAAGAGGGAGGGAAAGAAUACGUGUGUCCUCAUUGCGGGAAGAGCUGUGCAAACGCCAAAACAUUCAAAGCUCACACGUGUUUCCAGCAGGUGAAGCUGCUGUACUUGUGCACCGACUGCGGGAAGGGCUUCACAAACCACUACGGCCUCAAGCAGCAUCAGCGCAUUCACACAGGAGAGAAGCCGUACAGCUGCCCCCACUGCAGCAAAAGCUUCUCCUACACCGGCCAGCUCAACGUGCACCUCAGGACUCACACAGGAGAGAAGCCGUACCUGUGCACACACUGCGGGGAGAGCUUCCGGCAGUCAGGAGACCUGAAGCGACACGAGAGGAAGCACACGGGGGUGAGGCCCUACAGCUGCCCCGAGUGUUGUAAAAGCUUCAGCCGGCCGCAGAGUCUCAAAGCUCACCAAAUGCUUCACCUGGGACAGAGGAUGUUCAAAUGCACCCAGUGCGGGAAGAGCUUUUCCCGAAAUUAUCAUCUCAGGAGACAUCAUCAGAAGAUGCACUUGUAGUCACAUUUUUAGGACUUUGGAAGGAGCUUAAAUCAUUGCCGGUAGCCCCACCUGCUCCUGAAGUUGUCCAGACUCCUCUUUCAGAAGAGUGGCCUCGGCUC